GUCUUAAUGUAACACAGUUGACAACAAGCCUGCGCUACAUCGGCCUCGCCCUCUCGCUUCAUCGAUCAGCAACCGCUGCUCCCCUCUCCCUUCUCCUCUCCUCUCCCUUUCCUCCUCCUCUCUCCCUUCUUCUCCUCUCCAUUGUCCUCCUCUUCUCUGACAGAAGCCCAAGCAUGGCAGGCAAUACGGCUGCAUGGCCGCGACGCAGCCAGCAGGUGCUUCUGCUGUCGCUUCUCAUCCUUGUGCACACGACACCCGCAGUCUUGGGUUGGAUCAAUGGCUGGGGAGAUCCCCUGAGCUUUGAAUGCCCCACUGGCUCUUCAAUCUCCUUCAUGGGCAGCUACCACGACAACGAUGAAGAAGACCGUCGCUGGAAGUUCUCGUGUUCCCCCGUAUCCACGGGAGAUGGCACAGGCGCAUCAUGGUCAAACUGGGCCAACGACUGGAAUGCCAACUUUGCCUUCUCGUGCCCCGAAAACAAGUACGUCAACGGCUUGUCGAGCGAGUUCGAUGAUGAAACCGAGGAUCGCCGCUGGAAGUUCAAGUGUGAGUCCAUCUCAAACGCCAAGCUCACCGAUUGCCGUGAAGAGUUCACGUUCACAAACGAAUACGACGAGGAAGGCAGCUACUCCGUCGGCGAGAGGGUCAUGAUCGGAUGGUUCAGUCAGAACGAUGAUGACAGGGACGAUCGCAAGUUCAAGCCCACUACGUGCAAGAUGGAAUGCGACAAGGAUUCUGGUUAUCGCCUGAUCAACGACCGCGAGUGCGAGCUGGUGUCUUGCGAUCCCCUCACUCUCGAUGGCGGUUCAACCAGUGGUGACUGCGGUGGCGCAUUUGGUGACGAGUGCACAUACGACUCCUGCGAUGAAGGGUACACCUUGUCCCUCAGUGGCACCAAGACGCGAACAUGUGGCUGGCUCGGCGACGAGGCGUCCUGGUCAGGCACUGACAAAUCCUGUGAUGACAUCGACGAGUGCAGCACAGGCGAACACGACUGUGUUGACGGCGCCGUAUGCACCAACACACCCGGCAGCUUCACGUGUGCUUGCGUGUAUGGCAGCCUGUCCGGUGGACAAUGUGUUGUGCCCGCACCAUCUGUUGGCAUGAGCGUGUCACUGGCAUCCAUCUCCUUUUCCGUGUCUGGAUCGUGGUCAAGCGAAUUCCCAAAGUACCAGAUCUCAAUCGCUCGCUGGGCAUAUGACCUUUCAUCCUACACCGACAUCAGCGGUUACCCAAAGCAAGUGACGGGCUCACUCACUUCCCACUUGGCCUCGGGUCUUUCCGCUGGCACCCGAUACAGGAUUACGCUGACCCCUCUCAACGAGAACGACGAGCCAAUGACCCACUUUGAGCACAUUGCAUACCAGUACGGGACCACCGACCCUCAGACACCCUGCGGCUGUGGUGGCUCCUCAGGUGCACCCACGGACUUCAAAGUGAAGCAGUUCAAGGGUCACAUCCUGUUUGAGUGGGCAGACCAGAGUCAAUGCGAGUCUGCGUUCACAUUCACGCGCAACGGUGUCGGUCUCGCCGCCCGCUUCGAUGUGACGGAGCAGCAGGCCUGCGGUGCCGUCCAGAAGCCCCUCUCCAUCUCCGACGAUCUCACCAUCCAGUCGCCGGGCGGUUAUGCCGAGGUCGACUCCUCCAUCAACUACAAGCUGCCAGACGGGUCGUUUUAUCUCCGCCUGAGCACUGCCGUUGAGGAAGGCGAGAUGCGCCUCAAGUACCCGCGUGAGCUCCAGCGCGAUGGAGGCCACUUUGCGUCCACAAGCACGACCACGACGGCUGCGCCGCAGGGUGUGCCUGACGACGAGAACCGCUACUACCCCGGCACAUCCUCGCCCGUCGCAUCCGUGACGGAGUGCAAGGACCUGUGCGACAUUCGCUCCUCCUGGUGCAUCGCCUUUGUUGUGCAGACGAAAGCCGAUGACACGCUUGUGUGCCACCAGCUGCGUGUUGUGGAGACGGCUGCCCUCAAAAGCGGCGAGAAGAAGGCCGUGUCGUACGAGCGCGUCACCGUGUCUGGCACGGGCGUGUCUGGCUCCUACAUCUUUGACGGCACGCAGGAUGACUGCGAGCAGGCGUGUACCGAUUCCGGGUCAUGUGUCCUGACCAUAGUGGACUCGGGCGUGUGUGGCAUCAUCAACAGCGCCGCGACAACAGGAACACCAGCCAGCUCCAUUCACGCCAGCCUGGACCCUGACUUCAGUCGCCGCAUCCCAGGCCCAGAGCCAGGCAGGACGCAGACGUACUGCAUUGCCGCGACCAACCCCACCUGGUACACGGAGGGCGGGUACAGUUCGGGCCAGACGUGCACAUCGUACACGAUCCAGUGGGAGAGCCAGCUUGAGGGCCAGAUUACCAUCGACUCCAAGGAGAUCCACCUCCCUGUUGAGCACGUGGAGAUUGAGUAUGAGAUUGGGCCCAUCCGUGGCCGCCGCGUCACCAACGAGGACGGCAAGUUCUUCAUCCACAUCCUCACAGACCAGCUGCAAGGCAACCGCCACCGCAUCACGCUCCGCUUCUCCAAGACCACGGGCAACAUCAAGCACACCUUCACCUGCGGUGGCAUCGCAUGCACAGAGACCACGCUCAUCAUGGAACACCUUCGCUUCGACCAUCAGGUCAACGUCAAAGACACCACGUCCCUCCCCUUCAGUGGCAUCGUCUCCAUUGGCGGCACGGAGCACGAGGGCCUUCCUGACGGCUGCCCGCUCAAGGACGUUGAGGUGUGUCUGUACGACCGCCACCAGGCCAACACCCUCAUCAACUGCGAUGUGACAGACUCCAAGGGCCGCUACCUCGUGCGCGCUGUUCUCGGCACAUCUGUCACCGUCAGCCUUGCGUACGGCAACUCGUCGCACACCUUUGAGCGCGUCACCUACGACCAGGACGCAGCCAACGCCCCUUCGGGCAUCCUGCAGACCAUCAAUGCUCUGAAUUCGCUCGAGCGCACACCAUACUACGACGUGACGGACGGCAAGUUCUGGGAGAACAUCAACUUCAAGGACACAAUGUCUGACAGGGCGACAGUCGACAUUGCUGGCGGGCUGUGUAACCUAAACCUCGGCGACGCGGUGAUCGAGUUCCGGUACGACAUGUGCCCAACAUGGGUGAAAUCACGCACCAUCUCUGACCGGCUGUCCAAGUGGACGCUGCCAGCGCAAAUCAUCACGGUGCGCUUCAAGGAGAUUACGCGCAACUACGAGGUUCGUGGCGAGAUUACGCGCUACUUCUCGGCCAAGCUGGGCAACUCGCGAUCGCUGUACUUGGACCUGCGCAACCCGCAGGAGGACGACGAGGACAAGAAGACGGUGCGAUUCGAGUACCACCCGCCACCGCAGCUGAGCGUUGAGUUUGACAAGGAGGAGAAGCACAACUGUAACAGCACAGAGGGCGAUCGCCCGCUGCACGUCAUCAAGCAGAACGUGGAGCUGAAGGCGACUGUGAAGGUCAUUGAGGACUACGGCGAAGGCGUGGGCACGUGCGAUGCGGUGCCGGGCCAGAUUGAGGUUGAGAACCAGUUGGGCGAGUCGCCAGCCACCGUUGAUGCACUCAAUGCCACCACCUCUCUCACGGACAAGCAGUUGAACAAGUUGAAGCUGUGCUAUGACACGUGCCUCAUGGACGUGAAGAUGGACGAGGAGCUGCAGGACGGCGAGACCGUAUACUCGAACACGCGCAUUGAGCUGAACAUCAUGACGGGUGAGCCAGAGACCAACCCACAGGCCGUCAACCCAGAGAACCCGUACUCCAAGCUCUUCCGCGUCACCAUGCACAACCUUCCACAGGAUCCCGUCAGCGUGUACGAGAAGGUGGUGGUGGUUGGCGACAAGGUCAUCUCAAAGUACUUCAGCGUGCCCUUCCCGCGCUACCAGCCGCUCACAGUCAUUCAGGACCCGCCCGGUGGCCUGUCCACCGUCACCUACUCCAAGGCGUACACCAACUUCCUUGUGGAUUCCCACACCCACGAGGAGUACCAUGGAUUCUACUUCACGACGGGGCUUGCUCCCGUCAAGGUGGAGACGGGCGUGGAGCAGUGCGUUGGCCUCGGCGCUGCCGUGUGCACCAAGGUGGCAGACACGGAAUCCACCCCGUUCAAGCUGACGGUCGACCAAACUCACACCUUUGGCAACAUGGAUCCGGACGACAACUACGGCACAGAGCGCGUGUGGUCGUUUGAGAUUGAGCUGACGACCUCUGACGAUGUAAUGUUGGCUGGGGAGCGUUCCGACAUGUUCCUCGUGCCCGCCCUCAACGUGGUGUGGAUGGAGACGGAGGAGGUCUCGUUCGACGUGGAGCAGUGCCGGGCAUCAAAGGAAACCAAGGUCAAGUGGAGCCUCGAGGGUCAGGACAACAGCGAACUAAUCACCUGGAUCUCUGCGUUUGAGAUUGAGAACAAGGAGCUGCCAGACCUUCGCAAGCUGCUCGCUCUCGCCGAAGAGCCGCCAGGUGAUGAUGACGACGAGACGGAGGAGGACAGGGCGGAGAAAGUUGCGGAGUUGAAGCGGGCAAUCAAGGCGUGGGAGGACAACCUGGACCGCAACAAGGAGGUGCGCGACAAGGCAGCAGCAGGCACGCUUGACCCCGUGCAGGACCUGUGGAGCAAGACCUCAGCGGAACACGACUGCGCGCCGCCGCUGUCCAUGAUCGAGAACCCGAAGAAAGCGUCGAAGCUGCUGAGCGAAGCGUCCAAGGUGAACCGGUGCGACGGCUUUGGUGCUGCCCACAUCAAGGAUGACGCAGGCAAGGGCAUCUCGCUCGCCCCGCACGAUCUGAUUGACGGCGCCACAGACCUGGACGACAAAGAGGCGUCAGACCAGGACAAGCAGGACUUGCGCAGCAUCAAGACGAUCAAGUUCUCUGGCGGCGGGUCCACGUACACGUUUGGUUUUGACCUUGAGCAGACCAAGUCGGCCGUUGGCGGCAGCUCCCGCACGCACGAGGUGACAGCCGGUGUCGAUGUUGAGUUUGGAUUCAAGGUCUUUGGCGUGGGCAUGAGCUUUGAGCUGUCCACGGGCUACAACUACGAAGGAACGACAGCCGAGGAGCAUGAGGCCGGCGUCACCACGGGGACACACAUCGAAUUCACUCUUGGCGAUCCCGAUCCACUGGAUGUCUUUGAUGUGCAAGUGUUCCUGCACCCCGACUACGGCACGCUCGUCUUCCACACCACCUCUGGCCAGUCGUCGUGCCCGCACGAGCCCAACACGGUACAGCUGGAGCAGCCUGGCAUCAGCGUUCUAACACGACCAGAGGCGCCGGUGCUGCCCGGCGAACCUGCUGUAUUCGAGGUUCUGCUCAAGAACGACGGACCCAUGACUUCCGACUUUAACCUGUUCUAUCUGUCGUGGCUGAACCAAGAUGGGCUUGAAGUUGUAGCCAACGGACAGGCGCUGGAGACGCCACUCAUCUUUGAGGGCUUCCCCGGCAGCUCGGCAAAGUACCUCACCAUCACCGUGAACCAAGGCCCAAGCAAGUUCAAGUACGACCCAGUCGCCAUUGGCUGGCGGUCGCUGUGCGAGGCCGACAGGCAUCCCGACAACGGCUACGUCACGGACGAGGUGACGAGCGUGGAAUACGUGUACUUGGAGGCUGAGUUCCUGCAGCCGUGCAGCCCCGUGAAGCUUGUUGGCGAGAUUGGCGAGUCUGGCGCGUUCACCCUCAACCAGGAGACGAUGGAACAGGACUACAAGCCUGGCCAGAUCCGCGUUGUCGCCUUCAACCCGGAUCACGCCGAGCGCACGUGGCUGGAGGACGAUCGCCUGGAGAAGGUCGUCAUCGAGUUCAAGCCAGUCAACUCGUACAUCUGGCUGCUGGCCCGCGACGAGAACGGCGACGCGCUGGACAUUCGCGAGCGCGAGAACGAGUAUGGCUACAUCACGUCGUGGUGGGACGCGUCGACGCUGCUUGAGGGCGACUACCACCUCCGCAUCCGCGCGCAGUGCCAGGCGUCCAUCAACGAGGUGCCCGAUGGCAUUGACGAAAAGCUGUCGUUGGUGGCAGCUGGUGUCGUUGAUCGCGACCCGCCGGUCGUUUUUGGAUUCCCUGAGCCCGCGGAUGGCGAGUUCUUCCCUGGCGACGAGAUCUCGUUCCAGUUCAACGAGGACGUGGAGUGCCGGCAGCCGUUCAUCUUCCAGGUGUCGCUGACGGUGGAGGACUACGACCGCGACUUCAACAACAACAACAUGGUGAUUGUGUGCGAGGGCCGCAAGAUCUCCAUGUCCCUUCGCCGCGGGUUCCGCUAUGACGAGGUCAACGGCCUCACCGCCACUGUCAUCAUCGAGAACGUCAAGGACCUCAACGACAACCGAAUGGAAUUCCCACCCGAGCACACGUUCAAGUUCGCUGAGCUGACGCUUGAGGACGCGAGCGCAUCUGUGAGCGGGUUGGAGCUUGACAUUCCAUUCCAAGCUGUGUAUCUGGACACGGCGUCCGUCAUCUACACCAACUUCACCCGCGACCUUGCGCGCGAGAUUGCGGCGUUGGUGGAUGUGCCAGCCUACCGUGUGGAGAUUGUGCUGGUUGAGCCAGUCGAUGAGAACGACUACACAUUGGGCACGAGCGUGACGCUGAAGUUUGCGCCGGCGUCAACACAGGCCCCGGAGACGCAGGCGCUUCAGCGGCGGCGGCGCGCUGUGGGCGACGAGAUACAGCUGUCUGCCACGGAGCUCGCCAACGUCUUGCAGCAGCGCAUUGCCAACACGACGCUCACGUCCAACUUCACGGUGCUUGCCAGCGCAAACGCAGACAUCAGCCUUGGUGUUGAGGUGGAGCCGUCAGAGGAAGACACCAUUCAGUACCAGCAGUCGGCGAGCACAUCAACGUCGACAAGCACCUCCUCCGUCUGGGCUGACGUCAACUUGGGCACUGUGGUCAUCCUGGUGGCCCUGGUCAUGCAGGCUGCCGUGUUGUUGUUUGCCAUGUCGCGCAUGCAGCGUAACUGGCUUCAAGAAGUCAUGUGGCAGAAUGGCGGCAAAGGCAGCACUGAGCAAUCCAGUUUGCAGGACAGCAAGCGCCCCAUCUCUACGCCGCAGUCCCGGCCCGUCACCUCGUUUGCGCGCAUUUUCUCCUCCAAAAAGUCGGCUGUCGUUGUUCCGUUCGAUGUCGACGAGUCUAACGCCUAACUAACGAGCGUUUGUGUUGAUGCUUUCGCGGUUGAUUGUGUUUUAUCAUCGAACAAAAGCGUGUGUGUGAGUGUGCUUUUGUGUGCGCGUGUAUGUCCAUGCUUUCCGCGGUUGCUUGUGUCUUAUCACCGGACAAAAGCGUUGAUAUGUGUGUGUGGUGUGUUGUGUCAUUGCUGUGCCGGUGUUCGGCGACUCAAGACCCUGUUGUUGCGUCCGCAUGAAGCUGCUGGGAAGUGUGUAUUUGUGGCCACUGUUUUACUUGCAAUAAACCAGA